AUGAGCAAACUUACAUUGGAACAGGCAAAAGCGAAAUGGGAUUACAUUUUUAGGGAUCCUCUAUUGACUUUGACUUCCCUUAGGGAAAAGGGUGUUAAGGGGAACUUUUGUUCAAAUGGCCUUCGAUCUGUCUGUUGGAAGCUAUAUCUUUCCUAUCUUCCGAGUGUAGACACUUCGACGUGGUCAUUAACGCUUAACAAGGAACGCCAACAUUACGCUGAUUUGCGACAGAAGUACAUUACAAGUCCUACCUCCGAGUCAGACUUGGACAACACGAUUGAUUUGAAUGUGAACCACCCUCUGUCUUUGGAUGAAUCC